AUGCCCGGAAAGAUUCAGAAUGAUAUCCCCAGGGACAUCAAGACAGAGAAUGACUUGGUCCCAGCAGCAAAGUCUCUACUGGACCGCGCCUUCAAGAGCCAUCAUAACUAUUACGGUCUGUGCUCUACAAGCCCUCAGGUAUAUGACACUGCCUGGGUCGCCAUGAUACCCAAGACGAGAGACAAUGUUAAGCAUUGGCUGUUCCCUGAGUGCUUCCACUAUCUACUAAGGGCUCAGGCUGCUGAUGGCAGCUGGGGUUAUCUCCCGACGACCCAGACUGCUGGUAUUCUAGACACUGCUUCGGCUUUGCUUGCUCUCGUGUCUCAUUUACGAGAGCCUCUGCAGAUACUAGACGUCUCGCCAGACGAGCUGAGUCUCAGGAUCGAACAGGGAGUUGCUUCUCUGAAGCGACAGCUAGCUGUCUGGAAUGACGUUGAGGAGACCAACCACAUUGGCGUCGAGCUGAUCGUCCCAGUUUUACUUUCUACGCUUGAGAAAGAACUCGGCGUCUCACUGUUUGACUUUCCUUGCAGACAUGUCUUAGACAGGAUGCAUGAAGAGAAGCUCAGCCAUUUUGACUUGGAGAAAGUGUACGGCAAGCCGUCUUCAGUACUUCACUCUCUUGAAGCCUUCCUUGGGAAGCUGGACUUUGAUCGUCUCUCCCACCAUCUUUACCGUGGCUCUAUGAUGGCUUCGCCUUCUUCCACGGCUGCUUACCUCAAUGGUGCAAGCAAGUGGGACGACGAGGCUGAAGAUUACCUGAGACAUGUUAUGAAGAAUGGUGCUGGUCAUGGAGAUGGUGGUAUCUCGGGAACCUUUCCAACGACGCAUUUUGAGUGCAGCUGGAUCAUAGCGACGCUAUUGAAGGGCGGCUUCACUGUCAAACAAAUCGAUGGUGAUGGCUUGCGCGGCUUAUCAGCUAUACUUGCCAAUGCGUUGAGGGACGAGAAAGGGGUAAUUGGCUUUGCACCCCAUACAGCUGAUGUCGAUGACACGGCAAAAGCUCUUUUGGCGCUGAGCCUCGUCGAUCAACAUGCCAGCCCAGACAUCAUGAUCAAGGUCUUUGAAGGCAAAAGCCACUUCACCACAUUUGGAUCGGAACGUGAUCCCAGCUUGACUUCCAACCUUCAUGUGCUGCUGAGUCUCUUAAAGCAGCCCAACCUAAGCCAAUACCAUCCCCAAAUCCUUAAGACCACCUUGUUCAUCUGCCAAUGGUGGUGGGAUAGCGACCAUCACGUCAAAGACAAAUGGAAUUUGAGUCACCUAUACCCUACUAUGCUUCUAGUGGAAGCUUUCACGGAUGUGCUUCAUCUGAUUGACGGCGGCAACCUUUCUGGUCUCUUUGACGAGAGCCUCAAGUGCAAGAUUGGCCUGUCAGUCUUCCAGGCUGUCCUACGUAUCGUUCUCAGUCAAGACGAUGAUGGAUCUUGGAGAAGAUACCGGGAGCAAACAUGCUACGCCAUUCUCGCUCUUGCACAGGCACGCCGGAUCUGCUUCUUCACUCACAUGGAGCAUAUGAUACAAAGUUGCAUUGACCGUGGCGUUUCGUGGCUCAAGACGAGCAAUUUCCAUUCUCAGGACCUUGCUUGGACGUCUAAGACGGCAUAUGAAGUUGGAUUUGUUGCUGAAGCGUACAAGCUAGCAGCCCUGCAGUCAGCAAGCUUAGAAGUACCCGCCGCUACUGUUGGUCAUAGCCUCACCUCAGCAGUUCCUUCAUCUGAUUUGGAGCAAUACAUGCCCCUUGUUCGUAAGACUGCUUUGUUCUCACUGCUGGAGGAGUGGGAACUCAGAGCGUCGAUCAUUGAGUCUUCGUUCUUCGUACCCCUUCUACAAGCGCAGCGCGUUGAGAUUUACCCGAGGGACAAGAUCAAGAUCGACGAGGACAAAUAUCUGAGCAUCAUUCCUUUUACUUGGAUCGGAUGCAACAACAGGAGUCGCACGUUUGCAUCCAACAGGUGGCUCUAUGACAUGAUGUACCUGUCUCUCUUGGGCUAUCAGACUGAUGAGUACAUGGAAGCUGUUGCUGGGCCAGUCUUUGGUGAUGACUCUCUGUUUCACCAGACCAUCGACAAGAUUAUAGAUAACACCAAUGUGAACUCUACUGGGACCAAUGGGACCGCGCGCCAUGGGAAUGGUCAUCAAUGCGAGUCAUCCAUCAUUGGAGAAGUCGAAGAUACUCUCACUCGCUUCAUCAACAGCGUCCUCAACCACAAAGAUGUUCUAAGGUCGAGCUCUUUCGAUCAAGACACUCUUCGCCAGGAGCUCAAAACGUUCAUGCACGCCCAUGCCACACAGGUAGAGGACAACAGUCGCUUCUCCCAGCAGGCCUCUAGUGACGUUUUCUCUUCCCCAGAGCAGUCAUACUUCCAAUGGGUUAAUAGCACAGGAGGCAGCCACGUCGCUUGCGCAUACUCAUUCGCCUUCUCCAACUGUCUAAUGUCAGCGAAUCUGCUCCAAGGCAGAGACGCAUUUCCCUCCGUCACUCAGAAGUAUCUUAUCUCCUCUGUCUUGCGCUACGCUACAAACAUGUGUCGUAUGUAUAACGACUUUGGCUCUAUAGCUCGCGAUGAUGCUGAGCGGAAUGUCAACUCGAUGCACUUCCCCGACUUUGCGCUGUGCAAAGGAACGUCACAGAGUCUUGACGACAGAAAGAAGAGGCUUGCUGAGAUAGCUAGUCAUGAGCAGGGUUGUCUUGACCGUGCUUUGGAAGCUCUGGAGAGACAGUCUCGGGAUGAUGCAGGAAAUUGUGCUGGUUCUGAAGGGAGGAAGUUUAAGAUUGUAAAGCUAUUCUGCGAUGUCACGGACUUGUAUGAUCAGCUUUAUGUGAUCAAGGACCUUUCAAGCAGCAUGAAGUGA